AUGCGGGCUUUCACGUUGACCCUGGUGCAAAAAAUCAACCACGUGCCACUGUUGCAGCACGUGCUGGCUAUCACGGUGGAUGAGGAGAAAGUCAUACAAAUCAUUCCUUACAAUGUGACUUAUCCAAAUGCUUUUCCAAACGACGAUGCAAACUUGACCCUGAUUUCCACGCUGAGGAAAGAGGACUUUCAGACCAGGGAGGAGUGUGUUGUCCACUUCCGGCUCAUUGAGGCCAACUCGUUCAUUGGCUCCUGGCCUGUGUGUACUCGUGAAUAUAAUGGGGGACGGCCAACCCUCACUGUCGGAAUCACGUGCAACUCUUUCGCCAUGGUCUCGACCUUGGGUCUCUUCCGCCUUCAAUCGAGCAAUGUUCCCUAUAUUGUUUGGUCUAAAGAGAGAAUUCCUCUGCCACCAAAUCUGAUUGCUGAAGGACACGGAGAGAACGACCCUUGUAACUGUACCAGCAGAUUGAGAUAGAUCCUA